AUGUCCGCUGUGGCUGUCCUGAGCAUUCCAUGCACUUGGGCCGUCUACACCAUGAAGUUCAUCGGGGGUUUCCUUCUGCUCUGCACAGUGGCCCAUUUCUGCAGCAGCUCAGAAGUUAGUAGUCUACCUUUAAAAACAUUGGACUGCAGCAUCUAUAAGAAGUACCCAGUGGUGGCCAUCCCUUGUCCCAUCAUAUACCUGCCUGUAUGUGGCUCUGACUACAUCACCUACGGAAAUGAAUGCCACUUGUGUAUUGAGAACCUGAAAAGUAAUGGAAAGGUUCAGCUUCUUCAUGAAGGAAAAUGUUAACUUUUCCAUGGACUCAGCAUCGU